AUGGCGCCGCCACCUGCGCGAAAGCUGCCCGAGAAGCGCAAUCCUUUCAUGACCGCGGAUGUGCCAAACUACACCGACCUUGUAUCGCGGCGUCGCCUGGGCCAGACCCAGUUGACUGCGAAAAUGGUUGCUACUCUACCCGGCGCUGAGGUCGACCCGUCCAACCUCGGCGUCUUCGACUACGCCCACCUACGCGCUCCGCUGCCCAAGGGUAUCGUUUCUGGCAUCUUCAAGUCCAGCCCUAACAGCUACUUCCUGAUGCGCCGUAGCAAUGACGGUUUUGUCUCGGCUACUGGGAUGUUCAAAGCAAGCUUCCCGUACGCUAUGGCUGAAGAGGAGGAAGCAGAACGUCGGUUCAUCAAGUCUCUGUCGACUACCAGCCCCGAGGAGACCGCCGGCAAUGUCUGGAUCCCUCCAGAGUCCGCUCUUGGCCUUGCUGAAGAGUACGGCAUUGGGCCGUGGAUCCGCGCCCUCCUGGACCCUGCGGACAUACUGGUAUCGAAUGCGACCGAGAACAGUAGCCCUCCCAAGAGAAUCAGCGCUCCCCCAAAAUACUUCCCCACUGCGUCCGCUACCACUCUUGUCCCACCCACGCCGACCUCAAUGCGAAGCACACGCAGUCGCCGAUCUGCCAGCCCAACCAAGGCUUCCUCUAGUCGCCGAAAUGUCACCGCGAGCCCGCGCAAGCGAUCAACUAGAACCGCCGCAUCGCAGCCCGAGGCCAGUGAGGCACCGAGCAGCAGCAGCCGAAAGACCUCGCUCACCAACGGUGACAUUCCAGUUCUCGCCCCCGCCGAGACUCUCAAGGUUGAGGAACUGAAGGUCGAGCACGUCGACAAGGGGUUAGCAGGGACGUUAGAGACGGUAGAGGAGGAGCCAAAGGUGAAGGUGAACAUCGAGCAAGACGUUAAGAUCGAAGAAGAUGGCACCGAAGUCGAGCGCACCAAGGUUGAUCUCAAGAUGCCAUUUACCGCAGGCGGCCCCCCGAGUGCGGACGACGCAGCUCGGAUGAUCGAAGAGGCGAAGGCCAUGGUUGCCACGGCCGAAGCUGAGGCCGAGGCCGCAGCUGAAGCCGCCGAAGGUCCUUCCAAAUCAGCUAAGGGUAAAAGGAAGGCAGAAGAUUUUGAGGCUGACAACGAGGAGGAUGGCAAGGAUGGCAAGACAGUGGAUCUCGCUCUUCGACCGAGGGCAAAGAAGGUCAAGACCGAGGUUGAGCUUCGCAAGGACAAGGUGAAGAAGCGCGCGUUGGUGGGCAUCACCUUUACGCUGGCAGCUGGAGCUUUGAUCCCGUAUGCGAUGAACUUCCUUUGA